UAAACCGGUUUUCACCUUAUUACUGGCUAGCCGACAUUGCAUUGGAAAGUUGAUAGACGUGUAGACUGUGGACGAUUAGUAUUUAAAUCAUGGUAUUUAACAUGAAGGUGAACUUACCCGAGGAUACCAGGACUUUGGAAUUUUAUACUAGACAAUCAGAUUCCAGUGAUGGAGAUUUGACUAUAUCCUCGGCAGUACGAUUAACCCUGAUGUGUCCUAUCUCGAUGAAGAGGCUUGAGACCCCUGUAAGAACGGCAAAGUGCCUCCAUCUUGAAGCAGUUGAUCUGAACUCCUUGAUUCAUCUUCUACCUUUCAAAGAAAAGGUGAAACUGAAGCAGGACAGUGCUGCAUAUAUACAGUGUCCCAUCUGUAAGUUGAGUGGACCUCUUCUUAAAGAUGGAAUUAUCUUAAAAUUCCUGGAGGAUUUCAAGGUUUCCGCUGUAGAAAUCGAUGAGAAAGGUGAGGCGUUCCCGGUUGAUCAGGAGAAAUGUGAUGAUUCAAUAAUUGAUUUGACCGAGAGCUUCAACUCCUCCUGUUGUCUAGAGGAGCUAGAGGAAGGGGAGAUAAAGUCCCCAGUGAAACUGAAGAACGGAUCUAGUUGGUUAAAGAGUAGGUCAAGUUAUCAGUUAAACUCUGAACCUAAGAAACUGACAAAGAUUAUCUCCGCUCCAAACCUGGCUGCUAAAACCGUUGAAAGUGUACUGAAGGAGAGGUCUCUUAACAUUGCAACUUUAUUAAAAGCAAACCAGAGUAAAAGCAAGGUGAAACGGCUAGGAAGCACCUCUCGAACACUGAAAGCACCACCUAGUAACGUAAGAUUUUUUAAAGUAACUACAGAGUGUCCCCAUAAACAUGACAAUUGAGAGACUACUUAAUAGU